AUGGGCGGCGACCACAAAUGUCCCGUAUGUCAGGCAACCUUUACUCGUCCACAACAUGUAGCUCGACAUAUGCGAUCCCACACGGGCGAUCGCCCUUACAAGUGCCAGUAUUGCGGCGACCAGUUUGCCAGAAGCGACCUCCUGUCGCGGCACGUCAACAAGUGCCAUGCAAAUGAGAAGCCGACCCCCAACGCGAGCAACGCCCGCCGCAAGGGCUCCGCGUCCCUCUCCCGCGCUACUACCUCAAAACAGGCCUGCGACCAGUGCGUCCAGACCAGUCUCCCCUGCGAUGGAUGCAACCCAUGCUCAAAAUGCGUACAACGAAAGUCCCGUUGCACGUACGUCAAGUUCCAUCGGCAAACAGCCCCAAGCGGACCAGGCCACCACGCCGCACGGCCCGCCUCCUCGUCCGGUCUUCUUCCCGGCGCUCGCCUGUCCUCGAACCUCGACGAGUUCAUGCUCGCGCCACCGCCGGUCGGUGUGCCUGGUGUAAACGGCAACGACCUCUUCCAAGCACCAUAUGGCUUCAAUAACGUGUACUCGCAGCCGCAGUCGGAUCUCUCCCAUCUUCCUCUGUCGAUGGCAUCCGAUGCCGAUAUGGCGGUCAAGUACCGGGCCCAGGCGGAGCUCCUCCGUCGUGCGGGCAGCUCGAUGCUUGGCCAGCCAGGUGUCGGUGCUUCGGGGCUGUACUCGAAUCCGAGCGCGAACAUGAGUCAACCAGCGAUGUCGACCAACUGGUUCAACUGGGAUGAUGGGCAGAUGGGCCACGAUGGCUCAGGGCGAUUUCAACAGUUCGAUGGCCAGGAUCACUUCCAGUUCCAGGAUGGUGGUGGCAGCGUUGGCUCAGCGUAUCGUGCACGGAGGCCGUCGUUUGAUUUCAGCGAUACGAGCAGCACACACUCGCAUUCUCUUCCUUCGAGCGCGACGUCGUCGAACAUCAACCUCCCUCUGACGAGCGACAUGUACCAGCAUGGUGCAGAUGACUACGCGCAACAACAACAGCGACUAGAGCGGAUGGCUAUCGGCGACGAGCGGCGUCCGCCGUCGCAGCAUGGCGGUGGCUUCGACCAGCAGGGACAGCAGCAAUCUAUGGGCGACAAUCACAACAGCAGCCGACUCGGUGAAGGCGGGUUUUUUUCGGCAUUUGGACUCAUGUCUAUUGACGACCCGAACGUCCUCGCGGGGCUCUCAACAGAUGGCGCGCCGUUCUUCUCGAACGCAGCAAUGAUCAACCGGCCGCACUCGCCAAACGCGACGCCGAUGCCGCCCAAGCCCCCAUCGCAGCAGGGCCAGGGCGUCGCGCGGCUAGGCGAACGAGGCGGUUUGUCCAACUCGCAGAUCCCACUUCCAACACCAGGCGCUAACCGCGACGCAGAGACGCGCGAGCUGCGCGACUUCUGGAAGGCGUACAUGCGUACACCGCUCUCUGGGCCGCAUGCGGCGGUCGACAUGGUGCCGCUGACGCCCGGUGGCGGAGGGCGGCGGCGUGUGCGUGUGUCGUCGCUUCCGUCGGUGAAGACGCCUACGGUCGAGCGGCUGCCGAAUAUCGGCGGUGGUGGCCAGGGGCAGCAGGAGACAAGCGGGAUGCGCACGACGCUGCAUGGCAACCCCGAAGACCUGCGUAGCUACGAGGCGGCCGUUAACGCGCGCAAUGCCGCGCUCAAGCUGAACCUCGUCCCGCGCAAGCGCAACACGACGGGCGGGCGGGCCGCGUCGAGCGCAUCGCCGCCGAUUCCGGGCGAGAACGGAUUCAAUGGGAUCGGGAUCCACGCGGGCGGGAGCAUGUCAAUGUCUCCGCCCAACCAUGCGGCCCUCGCGGCGCAGCAACAGCAGAUGGGGUACGACUACAGCCGGCCGUCGAGCAGCUCGUCGACGUCGUCGCUCGCGCAUGCGUUUGGGCAGGGUACGAGCCUGAACGGCGUCGCGCAUCUCAACGGGCAUGGACCAGGACCAGGCCCGGGAUUGAUGAAGAUGGGUGGCGGGGGCGGCGCCAACGGGAUGCAGAUCCCGAGCAUCCACACGUUCGCGGCGCCGCCGCAGGUGCAGAUGUCGCAGUCGUACCCGCACCACAGCAGCUCGAUGCUGCACCACCACUUUGGGUCUGGCCACAACAAUAACGGCAUUUCGGAGGUCUCGCGCGAGUCGAGCGUCGGCUCGUCGGAUGGCGGCGGGUCAGGUGGGUCGGGAUCGGGCGGCAGCGCGUCGGGCAGUGGCGGGAGCGACGAUAUGACGCGGCCGGCGUUCAAGCGCCUGGCGAGUCAGACGCUGGUUCCUGUGAACAGCAAGCGUGCGAUGCUCGAUGGGGGCAUUAGCGAGCACGAGCUCGAGGGCGAGAUGCCUGUGGGCAGUGUGCCGAAUGCGAGGCUCGCUGGGCCUGAUUUGCAGGGUCAGGGCGGAGGCGGUGGUGGAGGGUUGCCUCCGCUGAGCAGCCGGCCGAUUGCUGCGCUGCCUGAACGGGCGAGGCGGGGGAGCGAGGCGCAGAGUGUUGGAGGGCUGCAGGCGUGA